GCCCGGGACUGUCAGCCCGAGCCGGAGCCCAGGGAGCCGGUAACUCGCAGUCCCUGUCGCAUGGCUGGGUCUCCCCGCCGCGCCGGAGGCCGGCGGCUGCUGCUGCCCCUGCUGUGCCUCUUCUUCCAGGGCGCCACCGCCAUCCUCUUUGCCGUGUUUGUCCGCUACAACCACGAAACGGACGCUGCCCUCUGGCACUGGGGCAACCACAGCAACGCGGCCAACGAAUUUUACUUUCGCUACCCAAACAGAGUCUUGCUCUGUUGCCCAGGUGGAUGCCGUGGCACCAGCAUAGCUCACAGCAACCUCAGAUUCCUGGGCUCAAGUGUUCCUCCUGCCUCAGUCUCCCGAGUAGCUGGGACUACAGGCUUCCAGGAUGUGCACGUCAUGGUCUUCGUGGGCUUCGGCUUCCUCAUGGCCUUCCUGCAGCGAUACGGCUUCAGCAGCGUGGGCUUCACCUUCUUCCUGGCUGCCUUUGCCCUGCAGUGGUCCACACUGAUUCAGGGCUUUCUCCAUGCCUUCCACGGUGGCCAUAUCCAUGUUGGUGUGGAGAGCAUGAUCAACGCUGACUUCUGUGCUGGGGCCGUGCUCAUCUCCUUUGGUGCCAUCCUGGGCAAGACCGGGCCCGCACAGCUGCUGCUCAUGGCCCUGCUGGAGGUGGUGCUGUUUGGCGUUAACGAGUUUGUGCUUCUCAGUCUCCUGGGGGUGCGGGAUGCAGGCGGCUCCAUGACUAUCCACACGUUUGGUGCCUACUUCGGGCUGGUCCUCUCACGGGUCCUCUAUAGGCCCCGGCUGGAGAAGAGUAAGCACCGCCAGGGCUCUGUCUACCACUCGGACCUCUUCGCCAUGAUUGGGACCAUCUUCCUGUGGAUCUUCUGGCCCAGCUUCAAUUCUGCACCCACGAUGCUGGGGGACGGGCAGCAUCGGACGGCCCUCAACACGUACUACUCCCUGACCGCCAGCACCCUCAGCACCUUCGCCUUGUCAGCCCUCGUCAGCAGCGAUGGGCGGCUGGACAUGGUCCACAUCCAGAAUGCAGCACUGGCCGGAGGGGUUGUGGUGGGGACAUCAAGUGAAAUGAUGCUGACUCCCUUUGGAGCUCUGGCAGCUGGCUUCUUGGCUGGGACUGUCUCCACACUGGGGUACAAGUUCUUCACGCCCAUCCUUGAAUCAAAAUUCAAAGUCCAAGACACAUGUGGUGUCCACAACCUCCAUGGGAUGCCAGGGAUCUUGGGGGCCCUCCUCGGGGUCCUUGUGGCUGGGCUGGCCACCCAUGAAGCUUACGGAGACGGCCUGGAGAAUGUGUUUCCACUCAUAGCUGAGGGCCAGCGCAGUGCCACGUCCCAGGCCAUGCACCAGCUGUUUGGGCUGUUUGUCACACUGAUGUUUGCCUCUGUGGGCGGGGGCCUUGGAGGGCUCCUGCUGAAGCUGCCCUGCCUGGACUACCCCUCAGACUCCCAGUGCUACGAGGACCAGGUUUACUGGGAGGUGCCUGGGGAGCAUGAGGAUACAGCCCAGGAGCCUCUGAAGAUGGAGGAACCCGACACUCAGGCCUAACCUGCUACCAGCAAUGAGAGGACAUGCUCCUUUUAGAAGAUGAUUGCCAGUA